AUGGCAACUGGCUACGCCCAAGCUGACUGUACUCCACUGGUGGACCUGGUGAAAAGCUCCCAUUCGGAAAGUCAUGAGUCAAAUAUUAGUUUGCUAAAUAGAGCGAAGGGUUCCUUGGAGUAUGCAGACUUGAAGGAGUUCCUGCGCUGGACUCCUCAGAAGUAUGGACAACUUGGGCUGUUGCUCAAGCCUGUCACAGUUAAACACAACGAAAUAAGAUACAACUUCAAAAUAAUGUUUGACUCCCACGGAUAUGGUGGAGUGAAGCACGUAGCACCGGAAGAGUGGGGUUCUACAGUGCGGAUUCGCUCGUUCCACGUGGAAUUCCCCGAGGACGAGGAUACCCCGGCGACACACACGUUGUCUUUGCGGAGGGAUUUCGUCAGAAGAGAUGGGGGGCUUAACCUCGAGCACCGUUUCCGGCGGUCGGGCGGAUAUGUCGAAUUUCUUAUUAAUGAUAGAUUCCACGCAAUCCUCGCCCUUCGAUGGCUUCCGCUGGUUGCACUCGUCUUCAUCACGGUGGUCAUCUGCGCUGCAAUUCUCUCGCUGAUUCUUUUUAUUGCAACGGAAGCAAGGGCAGAUGAAUGCCUCGGGAGCUCGAGUUCAAACUGGGACUACUUCUUCUUCGUCGUCGAAACUAUGUUCGCCAUUGGUUAUGGGAGCCCGAGGCGCCUCUCCAAGAGCCACUUCUUGUGGGAAUACCUGAAGAGGGGGGUGCAUCGCCGAGGAGGUCUUUCGAUUCGCCAAUUUUCCAUGUUCCAUACGGACACGCCUUUGGAGUUCAUGGCACUGCCGAUUACAGUUACUGUGGACCAGAGUGACAUAGGGAGUCCUUUACGAGAUAUCACAGAGGCGGACUUGCGUAACCAUGGUGAAUGCUAUGAACUUCUUGCAUUGCUUUCUUUCACAGACAACAGGACUUCUAGGACGGUUGAAGUUUGCAGAAGCUGGCGACUGAAUGCUGCUGUAUGGGAUGAAUCCUUUGUGCCUAUUGUAAGGCAGUCUGGACCGGACUCAUCGCGGGCCUUUGAAAUCGACGUGGACAACUUAAGCACCACGAGAGUAGGCGCUGCUCACAAGUACACAGGAUAG